CACUAGACGAGCCUAUUCGAGUCGAGCUUAAGCCUUGACGACUUUAUCGCGAACUGAGUUCGAGCUUGGCUGUAGUCUCGGCGUGAUCACUCCUGAUUGACCUCGGCUCGGGAAUCGGGAUGCUAUCGAACUCUCCAGCUUGAGGUAGCAGGCUCGCUCGAGCUCGGCUCAUUGACAGCCCUCCCCCUCGGUUUCUUCCCCCCUUUUAUCUGACGACUCGGCGAGCGGCGGCGCCAUUAGUCACGUCUUCGCCCAACUCUUUUCCGGCGACGAGCAUCCACCAGGCUACAAUUGUAUCUUGAAGACAACGUUCGGAUGGAGCAGCAUGAUUCCAUGGCUGACUCACCAAGGAGACGGCAUAACCUUCUGCGAGACAAGGUCCAACUGGUGAAAAGGAAAGACUCAAACCGCUAUGAGAUCGUUCGCUUUCAUGAUCCAUUGUCUUUUGAGAAAGGCUUCUUUGUUGUGAUCCGCGCCUGCCAGCUUCUGGUGCAGCACAAUGAAGGGAUAAUAUUUGUGGGUGUUGCCGGACCCUCUGGUGCUGGGAAGACAGUGUUUACUGAGAAGGUGGUUCAUUUCAUGCCUGAUGUUGCUGUGAUAUCAAUGGACAACUACAAUGACGCAACUCGCAUAGUCGAUGGCAAUUUUGAUGAUCCACGUCUAACAGACUACGACACACUGUUGGAAAAUAUUCAUGGUCUCAAGGAAGGACGGUCAGUUCAGGUUCCAAUAUACGAUUUCAAGUCGAGCUGCCGGACUGGGUAUAGAACAGUUGAUGCCCCUAGCUCCCGGAUUGUUAUCAUUGAAGGUAUAUAUGCACUAAGUGAGAAGUUACGGCCUGUGAUGGACUUGCGUGUUUCUGUCACUGGUGGUGUUCAUUUUGACCUGGUGAAGAGGGUUUUAAGAGACAUACAGCGAGCUGGCCAGGAGCCUGAAGAAAUAAUCCAUCAGAUCUCAGAAACGGUUUAUCCAAUGUACAAGGCUUUCAUUGAACCAGAUUUGGAGACUGCACAUAUUAAAAUCAUCAACAAGUUCAACCCAUUCUCUGGGUUCCAAAAUCCCAUGUACAUUCUAAAGUCACCAAGGUCUCUAUCACCUGAGAAAAUCAAGGCUGUGCUUGGUGAUGAUCAUACAGAAAGCAAUGAAGAAACUUAUGAUAUAUAUCUACUUCCACCUGGUGAAGACCCAGAAGCAUGCCAAUCAUAUUUGAGAAUGCGGAAUAGGGAAGGGAAAUAUAAUCUAAUGUUUGAGGAAUGGGUGACCGACAAUCCUUUUAUUAUAUCACCAAGGAUCACUUUUGAAGUCAGUGUACGACUUCUUGGCGGUUUGAUGGCACUGGGAUAUACUAUAGCAGCUAUACUGAAGAGAAGCAGUCGUGUUUUUUCUGAUGGCAAGGCAACUGUUAAAAUUGACUGGCUGGGGCAACUUAACCGGCAGUAUAUACAAGUGCAAGGAAGAGAUCGGCUUUACGUUAAAUUUGUAGCGGAGCAGUUAGGUUUGGAUGGUUCUUAUAUACCACGCACAUAUAUUGAACAAAUUCAGCUGGAGAAAUUGAUAAAUGAUGUCAUGGCAUUACCAGAUGAUUUGAAGACGAAGCUCAGCAUUGAUGAUGAGCUGGUCUCAAGUCCAAAGGAAGCAUUUUCCCGUGUUUCUGCAGAUAAAAGAAACAAACUUAUGAAGAGUGGUCUAUCUCAUUCAUAUUCAACGCAUGGAGACAAAAAUAUGGUGAAAUUGAGUAAACUGACAGAUAGCAACAGGAGGUAUGGUGGAGGGCGAGCCCCUGAACCUCCUGCCAUCAACCAGGGUGCAGUCACCCAGCUUUCUGAGCAGAUAUCAACAUUGAAUGAAAGGAUGGACGAGUUUACCUCUCGAGUUGAAGAGCUUAAUUCAAAGUUUACAGUGAAGAAACAUUUACCCAGUCAGCAGAAUUUAGCUCUUCCAAAUGAUGCUUGCAAUGGUUCCACGCCUACAAAUCUCUUCGUUUCUCAGUUAGGCAAUGGUACUCUGAUACCUCAUUCUUCUUCGUCGAACCAACUUUCAAAGGAUUCCCCGAUGAUAGAAGAGAUUAUGAACAUAUCAAGGGGUCAACGCCAAGUUAUACAUCAGCUCGACAAUCUGACCAACCUGCUUCAUGAGCAUUUGGUCUUAACUCGCCAGUCUAAUGCCGCCAGCAGGAAUCGAGUGCUGGAUAUCGACACUGUCAUCUGUCCACUUAUUUGCCUAACAGUAGCUAGUAUUGGGUACUUCAUGUUUAAAGGUCUGAGCCGGGGCUGACCAAAAUGAAUCAGCCCAAGCAUGCUCUCUGAGCUCCGUCGAGUUUGGCAAAGAAGUGGAGGAAGCCAACUUUGACAACUGAUCUGCGAGGCCAUGGAGUCCAAGAUUCCAUACUGAUGUUCUCUCCUGCAAGCUAAAGAAAGACAGCCCUCAAACUUUUACACCCGGAAGACCAUAUCCAACAGCUUACAAAGUCCCAAGACAGAUAGUCAUAUACCAUCACAAGCAACAAAGCCUUCGUUUUUGAGCGAAUUACUCUCAGAAAUGAUGUACCAGAGGCAUAUACUUUUUCCUGUAACGGAUACUGGCAGUCCCCAGUAUCAAUAAAUUUUGCAGAUGAUAAUAGUCCUCAGAUAAUGUCGAUGAAAUUAUGAGAAAAUCCUGCUGAUAAUUGUCGUC